GUUUUUCCAGCAACUGCUUGCGCAUCGCCUGCCUCCCCCCAGGCAGGAUCCAAAAUUCAUUCAAAAUUGCGAUGGGGCGUCUCCAUCGAGCACUUAAAGCCAGCGGCCCCGCCUUCGAUUUCAAAGACUCUACCAGCACAGCGUGAAUACUCUCUCACCUUAACAGUUUAUUAUUUGCAAGUCUUAUUCAAAAUGAUGACUCCCGCUGAGGUCGAUGCUCUGGUCAAGCCCCUCACCAUCAAGGACCUGCGCGUCCAGACGCGUGUCCGUGGCCUGACCCCUGCUGGCGGCAUCGAGGCCCUGAGGGACCGCCUGAAGGAGCACAUGCUGCAGACCAAGGACUUCGCCAUCAAGUCGGAGACCGGCGAGGACCUGGCCGUGGUGCAGGUCACCGCUGGCCAGGCCUCCAGCGAGGUGGCUGCGGGUGCCGGCAAGAACAACUACGUCCGCCCGGCCGGCCAGAACGUUGGCAACUUCAUCACCGACCGCUGCUCAAGCCGUGUGCUGGCUCCCCCCGGCGGCGGAUCUCAGAUUGUGUUCGGCGACGCCGACACCAAGACCGGCACCUCGAACAACAACUACUCCCGUCCCUCUGGCCAGCAGAACGUGGGCAACUUCAUUACGGACAAGCCCUCGUCCCGGGUGCACGCGCCGCCCGGUGGCGCUUCCCAGAUUCACUUCGGCUAAGCGCGUCACAUGGUGUGCCUUGGCCGUGGCUCGGCUGGCACGGAUGACCUGCUGCUGACUAGACUGACUACUGUACAUUUACAUGACGCUGACUGGUAACCAAAUAAGUACGAUUGAUUGCAGAGCUGUCGCAAAUGCAGGGUGUGGCGGCGUACAUGACGUUUCACAUGUGUUUCGUUUGUUCGGGGUGAUGCUUGCUGGACUUGCAGUCUAUACGUGUGUAUGCUCGUGAAUGAUUCAUGGGCUUGUCACAUACCAGUAGGUGCAUAGCGUGUGCUGCCAUUGCAGUGCAGACAAAUGCUUGGCCGUGUGCAACAAUGCUAAUGCUGAACAAAGGCAACAUGCGAAGCCUAUCCUGUAAGGCCUCUUGCUUGAUGGAUGCUUCAAGGCCUGGUCCACGGUACCUGUCACAUGCAGCAGAUACUGGCUUUACUCUCGUGCCCAAGUUGUCUGCACAGCGCUCAGUAACCCAACGCGUAGUUUCCGCGCGCCAAGUAACUACGGAUACCAAUGUCCAGGGUGCAGGCCUUGAACUAGCCUCACUACCUUUUUUGGGCUGAGCAACACUUGUCAUUUGGGGGUGGGGUUCAGCAAACGCAGCGUCUGCAGUAACGCAGUCAGGAGGUGCCUGGCCUGUCUGCGGAUGGAGCUAUAUUACGGAAUGGACGUCUCAUCGGGACAACGUUAGUCCUGUGCAGUGCCAGCUCCUUGGCUCUACGUCCUUCUCACCCGCUCCAGCUUCAGGAGCCUAGGUGAGGGCAACGUUUGUGAACCCUGUUGUAGGCUGGAUGCUGGUGGACGGACAGAGCGGCAUAAAGCUGCAGGCUGCAGCGCUGCGGUGGGGGGUGUGGUGUGGUAAUGCGAACAGGGAAGCGAGUGCUUCGAAAUAGUAGGGGCAAUCCCAAUCCCAAUCCCAAUCU